UAUUUUGACGAGAUCUCAUGUUUUUGAGGAAAAUAAUGUCAUGCACGUCGUGUCUUGAAGUCUUGAGGACGUUUGUCAGCUGACAGGCUGUCAGUGACAGCUGAUUAUUUGUCAAUUUGAUGGUUAUUUGACAUUUACAAAAGUAAACUCACUGCUCCGAUGUGAAUUAUAAAAUUCAUUUUCAAUUUUUAGGUCUAGUGGUUUUAUAUACGGCGACAUUAUGGGGCCACAAAAAGUUAUUUUGCUGGCAUGUGGAUCUUUCAAUCCAAUAACAAACAUGCACCUGAGGAUGUUUGAGAUAGCAAGAGAUCAUCUUCAUCGGAUGGGUAGCCAUGAAAUUGUAGGAGGUGUAGUGUCGCCAGUGCAUGAUGCUUAUGGCAAGAAAGAUUUAGAAUCAUCUACGCAAAGAAUUGCUAUGUUGAAGAUUGCCCUGAAGGAUCAUGACUGGGUCAGACUUUCUGACUGGGAAUGCAGACAAGAAUCAUGGAGUAGAACCAGGCAGGUUCUUCACUACCAUCAGAAUGUGCUGAACGCUGUGACCUCCACAAACAAUAACCGCCUGGACGCCAGUGAAUCAGAUACAAGUUGGAUACCAGAAAAUGUAAAAAAUAGUGAUAAUGAACCUAUACGAGUCAAAUUACUAUGUGGAGCUGAUCUUUUAGAAUCAUUUGGAACACCUGGCCUUUGGGCAGAUGAAGACAUUGCAGACAUAGUUGGGCAACAUGGACUGGUAGUUAUAACAAGGGCCUCAUAUAAUCCUAAUGAAUUUAUCUACAACUCUGAUAUGCUCACUAGCUAUAUGGCCAACAUUAUGCUCGUAACAGAAUGGAUAAGGAACGAAAUAAGCUCUACUAGGAUUAGAAGAGCCUUGAGGAGAUCAGAAUCGGUUAGGUAUCUGAUACCAGAUAAAGUUAUUGACUAUAUUCAUAGGCACAACUUGUAUGGAUCUCAGAAGAGUAAGUAUUUGCAACCUGCUUUGCAUCCAACCGCCAGCACCGUUUUUCUCACCCCUUCUCCUUCGGACGUGCCGAUGGAGGCUCCAAACUCGAUGAGUUGCAUGUACAUAUGCAACAACAAUAUAUUCUCUCGUCAAAACUACGAUAAGAACGAGAACGAUAUGCCGUCAACUGUCAAAGUUAGUGGCACCAUCAAACAUCCCGGUCAAGCCGUCAAAAUCAUCACAGAUUCCACCGGAAGCACCAAGAUCCUUAGCGGAGAGGCAUCUAUAGUGAGGCCUGCAUGUCUAUAGAUCACCAUAGGUCAUUCCUCGACUUCAGUACCUCAGAAUGCCUGCUCUUAGAUUUCUACUCAUGCUGCUAAUAUUUGUUGCAUGCUAUUGUUUGUAUCUGUAUUCUAAUGAAGGCAAGAUGUACAACAUGCUGUAGCAUAUGUGUAGGUACAAUAGUUACUUUUGAAGAGUGAUUAUUCAUAUAUUGUGAUAGAAGUGAUUUUUAUAUUGAUUUUGUAUAUGAAGACUUAAUAUUUUACUGUAUGAAAUAUCUCAUACGUCUUAGUACUUAUAUUUGUUAGAAGCCUAGGAGAUUAAAGAUAUGAAAAAC